AGAAAACACGAUAAACGAAAUCCUCCGUUCUUCGUAUUCACGAGCUUGCUUAAUUAUGGCUGCUGUUAAGGUUUCCAUCUUGUUAUCUUUGCUAGUAGCAUUAUCAUUGUCAAGUUUUGAUAUGAGCCUUGCAGCUCGCCAUCUUUUGGACACUCCAGUGGCACCACCUCCAGCAUUGCCUACAAUUCCACCGCUGCCGAAGGCCACAUUGCCACCAUUGCCAUCAAUCCCAACAUUACCUAAGGCUACACUUCCACCUCUGCCUUCAACUCCAUUGCCAACUCUUCCAAAACCAACGCUGCCUCCUUUGCCAAAUCUAACCGUCCCAAAACUAACUCUCCCUCCAUUGCCAUCAACUCCUCUUCCGACCAUUCCCACCAGAAUUCCCUCAAUUCCUUUGCUGUCUCCACCACCAUCAAAUUAAGUACUGGCUAUCUUUUAGGAUGCCAUACCUCUAGUAGUCAUUGGGUACUUUUUAUCAUUAUACAUCAUUCCCAUUGAGUGUGCUUGCAGUAUUAUUCAUUAUUAUUAUCACUAUGUUUCUGGAUGCAAUGUCAACGUUUUGUUUAUUAAUAGCUUUUAUUUUGUUUAAAUGAUGAAUAAAUAUGAUCAGAGUUUUGGUUGUUUUUGUCAUA